AUGUCGUCGGGACAUUCGGAUACGACUGCACAUCGAUACGAUGCCACACCUUCAGGCAUGACGACAGCUGCCAACUCGAUCAAGGACUUCGGCUCGAAACAUUCGCUGGACGAGUUGGCGGAAGCUGAGAAAGGCAUUGAAGAGGCCUUCGAACCUCCCCAUGAUGAGGAGACUGGACCUCAACAUGCCGCUCAAGAUGCAAAGGACCCGAACCUGGUAGACUGGGAUGGACCGAAUGACCCAGAGAACCCACAGAACAUGACCAAGACUCGGAAGUGGUGGAUUAGUAUGGUGUCCGCGUGCAUGACGUUUGUGGUCUCGUUCGGCAGUUCUGUCUUUUCCACGGCCACCAUCGUCACAGCAGAGGAGUUUGGCGCAAGCAACGAGCUCAUGAUUCUGGGUGUAUCACUAUAUGUUGUCGGAUUCGCCUGUGGUCCUCUAGUAUUUGGGCCGUUAUCAGAAAUCUACGGACGACGGAUACCAUUGAUGGCUGGGAUGGUUGGCUUUCUGGUCUUCCAGGUCCCGGUCGCUGUUGCCACGAACAUCGAAACCAUCUUCAUUUGCCGAUUCUUCGCUGGUGCCUUUGGGUCUGCACCUCUCGCCAUUGUGGCUGGAAUGUACGUGGACUUCUGGGAUCCCAUCAUGCGUGCCAUUGCAACGAUGGGCUUUGCCGCCGCCGUUUUUGCAGGUCCCGCGGUCGGACCUAUCGUUGGUGAGUUCACUGUCAAGAAUCCACAUCUCGGAUGGCGAUGGACAGCUUGGUUUACACUGAUCAUGGGCGGCUUCUUCGUCUGCUUGGCGGUGCCCACGAUCCCGGAGACGCUGGGGCCUAUCAUUCUCCAGAAGAAGGCUGCUCGUCUACGACACGAGACGAAGAACUGGGCGCUACACUCCAAAUUGGACGAGCAGCCUGUUAGUCCUGGUGCUCUGCUGCGUAAAUACGGGCUGAAGCCAAUCUUGAUGAUCACACAAGAUCUCAUUCUGAUCGUCUUGACGUUGUACAUCUCCUUAGUUUAUGGGAUCCUCUACUUGAUUUUCUUCGCAUUCCCCAUCAGCUAUGAGUUCGACAGAGGCCUCGAAUUUGGCGUAUCGGCACUGCCAUUUCUCGGUAUAUUCGUUGGAGUGCUGAUAGCCUGCGGAUUCAUGGCAUGGGAGACUGUCGCUGUGUUCACUCCAAAGAUGCAUAAAGCAAAGACGCUUGUACCCGAGGAGCGUCUCCUGCCCAUGAUGGCUGGUUCAAUCAUACUGGUCAUCGGUCUGUUCUGGUUUGCAUGGACAAGCUUCCCAAGCAUCAACCCAUGGCCUCAGAUCAUCUCAGGAGUGUUCAUCGGAUGUGGCAUCAUCAUGAUCUUUAUGCCAAGCGUGGUCUACUUGGUGGAUGUCUAUCUCUACGAUGCCAAUUCAGCACUGGCAGCAAACUCCUUCAUACGAUCACUUGUAGGAGCCGCCUUCCCGCUUUUCGCGACAUCGAUGUACACACGCCUUGGAGUACAAUGGGCCUCGACUCUGCUCGCAUUCUUGUGCUUGGCACUUGUGCCGGCGCCUUUCUUAUUCUAUCGCUAUGGCAAGCAGAUCAGAGCGAGAAGCAAGUUUGCUUACGAUCUUGGCUAA